UAAUCAUUCAAUCUUCUACACCUCUUUUUCUUUUCUUUUCUUUAUUUUGGCCUCAGACCCUUAAUUUCGAUUGUUAAUUAUCACUGUUCCGCAAUGGCGUCAGGUUCGAACUGGACGCCAAAGCAAAACAAGUUGUUCGAGAACGCUUUAGCUAUCUACGACAAGGAUACACCAGACCGGUGGCACAAGCUAGCCAGGGCUGUCGGGGGGAAGACCGUGGAGGAAGUGAAGUUGCAUUACCAGAACCUUGUGGAUGACAUCAAGCAGAUAGAGUCUGGGCACGUGCCUUUGCCCCCUUAUAAGAAAGCUGGAGGGAACCAAGGAUACAACAAUUUCAUGGACGAUGAAGAACCAAGGAUGAGGAAUCUCAGGCUUUAGUGAAGUAUGAACCAGAAAUAGCCUGUAGAAUAUCAACCUUUCAAUAAAAGGAAAUGCAAAGCAGCCAACAUAUAAAUUAUUGCUCUUAAUUUCGUUUACAUUUCCUGCUCAUAUAUAUGUUUUUUGUGUGCUUGAAUGUAACAAGCAGCCACAACGUUCCUAUACUUGCAUGUGUCAAGUAUGAAAUUAUAGCAUUGGUACCUUGUUUUUAUUAAUGUUAACCUAUCUUUGUUCUUUAUUCAUUAUUAAUAACUUAGAAGACAUGAAUUACAUCGGA